AUGCGCGCAAAGCUGGCCGAGCUCAAGGAGCUCGCCGAGGACUCUGUCAUGGAAGACUCCCUCAAGCCGCAGGUGGAAGCGCUCCAGGAGCGCGUCGACCAAGCUCAGGCGAAGCUGGAGACCAAGGUGCCGCGCUGCUUCACAGAGUGCCGUGUGGUGCGUGACCGCAAGCGGGUCGUGGAGCAGCGGGGCAAGUGCAAGGGCCGCGUCGAGGAGCUUGAAGCUGAAGUGGCCAAAGCCCAGGAGAAGCUGCAGACGGAGCGUUCCAACCUCGAGCGCUACGAGCAGAAGCUGGACCCCCUCAAUCAGAGGAUCAGCGAGCUGUCGGUGGCAGCCCCAGGGAAAGGCUGGUCAGCGGCGGUGGCCGUCUUGGAGCAGGCAGCCAAGUGCCUGGCCGAAGGGCCCAAUCAGCAGGAGGGCACGAAGCUCAAGAAGGCCUUGGCGCACGCCCUGCAGCAGCAGACCGCCGAGAAAGAGCGGAUUGCACAGGCAGAGACUGCCAAGAAAGCUGAGGCAGAGGCCGCGCGUGCGGCCAAGGAGGUCCACGAGCGCGACUCGGCCAGCCAGGGCGGCACCAAGAACCGCCACUUGGACACCGAGUCCAAGAAGGAGGACCUCCUGAAGUUCGAAGCAGGCAGCUCCGAGGAGGCCAUCGCCAUGGUGCUCACCACCGGCGGCGUCACUCCUGAGCAGGCUGCUAAAUGUGGUGGCUGUAUUAAGCUGCUGCUCGACGGCCUGGACGGGCUUAGCAACGUCAAAGCCAGCCAGACUUUCUACGCGGUGAACGCCAACACGGUGGGCUCCCUCGAGCGCAUCAUGAACGACAUCUACAAGGUCACUCCCACGCCCAUCAUUCUGGCGCAGGAGCUGCAGGCAAGCCAGGCCAAGUUGGCCAUGUUCCUAGCGACCAUGAGCGAGCUCAUCCUCCAGAAGUGGGUCAGCGUUGCGACGGCGACCCACCACGACUGGAUUCUGGGCGGCGACUUCAACAUGAAGCCCGCGGUGCUGCGAGCUUCGGGGCUGCUGGGGAAGAUGCAGGGAGGCAUCAUCCACGACCAGCAGCAGGGCACGUGCGAGCGGGGCGACGGCACCGGCCAGGUGCGGGAGGCCUUCAACGUCAGCCCCCGCCUGCCAGGUUCGCCGACCGUGACCCAGCAGACAAACGAGGACCGCAAGAUCCUCGCGCUGCAGAAGCCUCAGCGAUGGCCGCUGGCGAGCCACGGGCGGCACGCGCAGUGCGUGAUGGACGCGCAGCGGAGCGGGCCGGGCGUGGCCUGCGAGCUGCACCUCAGCUGCGACUUCACCUGCGACGAGGAGGACCUCAGCAGCAGGCAGGGGCACCUCAGCGCGGCAAAGUACAAGUGGACCUACGUCGAGGCGAAGGCGCCGAAGGAGGCCUCCAAACAGCAGGCCUGGGCCGAGGGCGCAGAGUGGCUGGCGCACAGGCUGAGGCGCAUGCACAAGCUGGUCAAGCUCUGGCGGACGAAGGGCACGGCUACCGUCAAGGACGAGGCCGACAGGACCGCGCGGACCAUCCUGAGCCACAGCAUCAUCAUGCCUCUGCGGCACGUACAGGAGGAGCGGCAGCAAGACGAGCCAGAUGCCCCCGACGAUGGGCAUGAAGACGCGGAGCAGCAGCUGAUAUCAGAGGGCGAAACAAGCCCUGACUUCCCGCGGGAGGGGGCGGAAGUGGUAGAGAAUCGCCUCGCGGCUGGAGCGCCACCCCCUGCGGGUCAGCUGCCGACGUGGGACACCGUGCGGUGGCCCGACCUGAUCAACACCGUCGGCGCCCUCGACGUCCACGCGAUGGACGACAAGGAGCUGCACCACAUCGACCGCAUCGCCACAUGGCUGGACCUGGCCACUCGGCGCGGCUUGCGAGCGGCACAGCGCGCGUCGGCAGCGAGCUGGGCAGCAGUGGGCGCGCACCCACAGACACGAGGGAGCGCGGGCGCCCUUCACCGCUGGACGAGGCCGCCCGUGCAGCGGCAGCCGCAGGCCACGGGGGCGACGAGCCGGGCGGGCCUCGGGGAGCCGGGCUGGCACCCGCGGCUCCGGCAGCACGGCGGACGCCCAGGCCGGCGGCGGGGCUUUCGGAACCUCGGGCUGCUUCCCGAGCUCGCGCUGCGGUGGAAGACGGUCCGCAUGCCGUGCGCCAGGCAGUGGGGGCAGGCGCAGCGGCGAGCCUAUGACUGGGCCACCAGGGGUCGCUCGAGCGAGAGGGCCGCGUGGGUGCAGGGGCUGCUCUGCGAGGCCACUGUGGCUCAGGACCUCGAGCACGCGGUCACGUACUUCGACCGGGUGAAGUGCUUCGAGUACGUUGCGCGCGCCGUGGCGUGGCGCGCGGGGCUCCACUGGGGCUUCAAUCGCGUCGCGCGAAGGGGAUUCGUGCAGUACUGGCACCCGCUCCUCCUCCAAGCGCCGAUCUACGUGUUCGGGGACGAGCUCACCGAGCGCAUCUGCCCUUUGGGGACGCGCACGUCCAAGGAGGAGAAGCACCUGGGCGUCACCACGGCAGCGGGGCGACGUCGGCGGGUGGGCGCUUUCAGCAGGAGGGCACUCAAGUUUGCAGCACGGCGGGGCCGCAUCGCGCGCGUCAGGCGCGCGGCCUGGCCAGCCGCCAAGAUCGUGCGCCAGGCCAAGGUCCCUUCGCUCCUCUACGGCGUGGAGGUCAUGGGCAUGGCAGAUACCAAACUCGGCGAGCUGCGGCAGUCGGUCGCGAACUCGCUCCAGGGCAACACCAAAGGCAGAUCUACGUUCCUCGCCCAGCUGACGGACGACGUGGACCCAGGCACGCUGGUCAACUCGGCGCCGAUUCUGGCCUGGGCGCAGGCGUGGCGGGAGACUGCUGACAGCCAGCUGGGCUGGAUGGCGCAGGCGGCGCACUCCAUCUCCAUCGGGGCGGAGGUGCUGGACCUGCGGGUCGUGCCGAUCCACGCUUUGCAGCACCACGUCAAGGGGGCCACCGAGCAGGGCCUCAAGGACGCCUGGCUGGAGAAGCGGGGCGAGAAGCUGAGGGCCUGCAGUCCGUGCUCGCGGAGCCCGCGCGGGCGCUCCUCGGGCGCCCCCCGCGCGGGCGCCGGGCGCAGGCGCCGCGGGCGCGCGUCCGCACCCUCUGGCGCGGAGGCGCGUGGCCGCAGCUGCGCCUCUUUCCAGAGGGGCGCGGCGGAGAGCGACACCUGCCGGGCCUGCCGGUGCGCGCGAGGGGCCGACCGGCAUCGGACCUUCGCGCGCCCCGCGCGCGAGGCCCACCGCCGCGAGGUGAGGGGGCACCACAUCGUGCAGCGGGGCGCCAACCCAGGCACGGAAACAGCUCUGGGGCCGCGGGUUGGCCAACGGCCCCGCGGUGGAGUUCGGGCCGUGGGGCUUGCCAUCGAUGGACACCUGCCUGGUCCACGGCGACUUCGACGGGGCCUCGUCGCGGGCGAUGCCUACACCGACGGCAACCUGCUGCACGGCAGCUGCGCGGCUCUGCGGCGGGGAGGCUGGUCGCUCGCGCAGCUGACGCCCGACAUGAGACUGCGCUUCGCCUGCUGCGGGCCCCAGCCCGGGGCGCACUGGCAGCAGGCGGCUUUCAGAAGCGAGUUGGAGACAGCUCGGCGCGUGCUGGAGGUGGCCUGCCCGCCGCUCACCAUCUGGGCCGACUGCCAGAGCAUCCUCGACGGCUUCGCACGCGGCCCAGCCUGGGCCGAGAGGCCGAGCACGAUGCACUCCGAGACGUGGAGCCGCUGCUGGGCCCUGAUCGCCGAGAGCG